AUGUACUGGGUGGUGUUGUCGAUAGUGCUGCUGGUUGAAUCAUGGACUUUCUUUAUUGUUGGAUGGUUCCCAUUUUAUAGCUGGAUCCGCUUGUUCGCGCUUUCGUACCUCGUCCUUCCUCAAACUCAAGGUGCAAAGAAGCUAUAUCUCGAGCGUGUUGACCCUUUUCUUCAUCAAUACGAGCGCCAAAUCGAGGCGUUUAUUGGCGAGACGCAUGAACGUGCUAAAGAAGCAGGUCUCAACUACCUCUAUCAGGCAAUUGAUUUGAUUCGAGAAAAAGUGCUUGGAUUACCUCCAGUUUUGGCAGCCGAAGCUGCUCCUCCGCCUCCUGCGAGCGGACCCGCUUCCUACGCACAGACUCUCUUCUCCCGAUUCAACCUACCCGCUGGCACGGGUACAAAUCUCGCAGGGCCGGCAUCGGACCUUUUUUCUAUGCUCGGUUCAGCUGUAACAGCUGUCACAUCGACGGGAAAAAACCGCGAUACCCAAGCCGAGGAGCUUAGCGCCACUGGUUUGCUGCCACAUAACCUUGCAUCUGCGUCGAAGAACGAGCAGGCUAGCUACAUCGCUUCGCAAAAGGAGAAGCUCCGGAUCCUUCUCUCUGCUCUUGACCGGGAACAUCGAAACCUAGGACUCGAGGGCCGUGAGGAGGAUGAUCUAGCGUAUGGAACGAGCUACGAUUCCGACUCUCGUGGACUGAAGAAGAAUCAGAGCGAGAACUCGUUUGAAAACAUAGAUCAUGAGGAGCUGGGCGCUUCCUCAGCAUUUUAUAAAGAUGGCUCCGGGCGGAGACGACCUGGGAGGCACGAGUAA